AUGCUCGCGAAUGCUCGUAAGUUCAGCGAAUUCUUGUCAAGAUACGGGAAUAACGUUUUUAUGAUAUUCGAAGGCAGGCGUAUGACCUUCGCAGACGUCGAUGAACUGUCUAAUCUCAUGUGCUGGUACCUGUCGGAGCAUGUCGGCCUUCAGCCAGGUUUGUCUUGUCUAGCCUUGGUCAUGGCUAACAAGCCUGAUUUCGUAUGUUGGUGGCUAGCAGCUGCUAAAGCUGGUGUUAAAGCGGCAUUUGUUAAUUCUAGUAUCAAGUCUAAUGCAUUGGCCUGUGCCAUCGACAGUGCCGCAGCCGAUUUGGUCAUUUUUGAUGCCGAAUCAUCUGCCGAGAUGGCAUCUGCAGGAGCUUUAAUUCGGGCUAAGAAUGCCGGAGUGCGCUUACUACAGUGGGACUCCCUAGAGACUCCGGUGGCAGGGGCGACAUGCUUAACUAUUGAGGCCUUGAAUCAAGAGUUCCCCGGCGCAGCUACUACGCGCCCAGCCAGGACCGAAGAAUAUCGCAGAAGUGUUGUUACCAUGAUGAGUGUGUUUGGCUAUAUCUAUACCUCCGGCACUACGGGUAUGCCUAAAGCAGCAGCCAUCACUCAUUGGAGGAUGUGGGCCUUUGGCUCCUUUAUGGCAGCAAGCACCUCUCUAACAGAGACUGAUGUCAUUUACAUGUGCUUGCCUCUCUUCCACUCCUCUGGUGGUGCGCUCGCGAUUGGUGCAGCUAUUCAUACCGGAUGCACAAUUGCGCUCGCCCGACACUUUUCUGUGAGAAGGUUCUGGCAAGAUAUCAACCGAUACAAGUGUACAGUUGCACACUACAUCGGGGAGAUCUGUCGGUACCUCGUGGUGGCCGCUAGGCAGCGGCCCAAUGAUCCCCUCUAUCGAUCUCAUCAUCUUCGUGUUGCUUUCGGCAACGGCUUGAGGCCAGACAUUUGGGGGCCUUUCCUGGAUCUGCUCGGAAUUCCACAAGUGGUCGAAUUCUAUGGUGCUACAGAGGGCAACGGUGGGCUGGUAAAUAUUUGUAACUCUUGGGUACAAACUGGCAAAGUAACCUGCCUGCUACAGCAUCAUUCGUACGUGCUGUCUGUCGGUAGAUUCAAUGUAGAGCAAGAAACCUUGGAGAGGAAUGGAAAGGGCUUCUGUGUUGAAGCUAGGACAAAUGAACCUGGAGAGCUCCUUAUGCCUAUAAGGGAGGGCCGACCGGAAUCCUCCUUCGCUGGCUACACAGACAAGAAAUCCACCGAUCAGAAAAUCGUCACCAAUGCAUUUGUACCGGGUGAUCGCUACUUCCGAACUGGAGAUCUUCUGCGGAAGGAUCGUCGAGGUCGUUUCUAUUUCAUCGAUAGGAUUGGCGAUACAUUCAGGUGGAAAGGCGAGAAUGUCUCCACCAUGGAGGUAUCGGAGGUCAUAUCCCAUUACCCAGGCAUUGCUGAGGUUAAUGUGUACGGCGUGAAGGUGCCUGGUGAGCCCGAUGGUCGGGGUUGCAUGGCUGCUAUCAGGCUGGAGGAGAACACUUCUAGUAAUGAGUCUUCAAAGGGCCUCCACCCCUUCAACGAGGAAAGCUGGGACCUCUUCAGACUUUUCCUUCAAGCACGCCUUCCACCAUUCUCUAUGCCCUUGUUCGUUCGUAUAUUGAGAAAUGACGAUGAUGAUGAUCACCACACAGUCACCUUUAAGCAAGUUAAGCAGAGGCUUAUGCAGGCGGGAUGCGAUCCAGAGGCAUGCAAGCCCGACCAGGUCAUCUGGCUUCACCCGUCUACCAACAAAUACAGAGUUCUCACGCCCGAGGAGUAUAGGAGUCUCGGGGCCAUGAUGUUAACAUCGAGAAUCUGAAUAUAUGCCUCCAUUCAGCUAAUUUUAAACAGCGGCAUUUCUUGGUAGUUAUUGGUAUCUUUCUUGUUAUA